AUAAUGAGACAUUAGUGAUAUCAAAAUGGCACUACUCACUACGAUGCACAAUUAAACACAUUGAUAUUUGAUUGACAAAAGCAUAAAAAUUAGCUGAGGUCCACAAGAAAUAAACCUAAGUUCUCACUGAAGUAUCCAAGUAUUGCUUAUAAUGACUUCAAGACUAGCCUUGUCAUACCAGCUUCGUAUGGUUAUUACAUGUUGUAGUAAAGGCCCAAGUGUGGCCAAUUAUUCAAGUAUACCUUCUCAAUCACAUGAUCGUAUUGUUACUAAAGAAUUGAGUAAUAAGUUUUUUGCUGAGCCUAUACAAGAUUUAUUAUUAGAUCUUACUCAUAUUAAUGUACAAAAAGCCUUCAGAAAACGACUUACUGGACGUAAUCCUUCUAUACCAAUUUAUAAAUUUAUGACAACAGCUGAAAUUGAAAAAUUGCAAGUUGAAAUAAGAGAAAAGGCUAAGGAAAAAUUAAAAAUGCCUCCAAUUGUUCCACUAAGAACUGAUUUAGGAGAAGUUUUGAAUGUGGACAAAGAUAUUGUAGGGUAUGAUAACUCAAAAUACUUAUUUACUGAUAUUACUUUUGGAGUUUCUGAUAAAGGCCGUAUAAUAGUAGUAAGAGAACCUGAUGGUACUUUACGAAAAGCUACUGCAGAAGAACGUCAUAAUGCCAAUCAAAUUUAUUUCCCCCAGUCUGGCAGAGAACUGAAACAUCCAAAUAUGUUUAAAGAUGAAAAUUUGAAGCCUUUGCUUGAAAAUGGAGAUUAUGAAUUCAUAUUAGAUCGGGCUUGCUGUCAAUUUGAACCAGAUGAUGAAAAUUAUCACCGAGUAGUCUUCAGUACAUACAAACAUGUCGACGAAAAACAGAAAUAUCAAGUUUUAGAGUCAACUAGACAUUUAGGGCCAUUAUUGUUUUAUUUGGCUCUUAAUAAAAUGCCGGAUAAUUAUGUUACGUACUGUUUGGAAACUGACAGAUUAAAAGAUGUUUUAUUAUUUAUACAAUUAUAUACAAAGAUUAGCAAUUCUAUAGAAAGUGAAGUAAAUAUUUCCCAAGAGAAUCAAUUUGAAAUUGUUAAGGACUUUAUAAAAUCCGAAUGCCAAGAAAAAGCUAAAUUAGAAGCAGCGUUGAACAAUUUUAUAAGUAUUUAUAAUAAUAUUGAGUCUAAAAUAAAUAUAGAAUAGUAUUUUAUAAACCAUACGUACAAAAAUGUAUAAAUAUAUAAUAUAUGAAAAUCAUUUAGUAAAAAGUGUAUUUCUAUAAAUAUUGUUACAUUACAUAACAUUAUUUAUACAAUUAAUUCAUUAAUAUCACAAAAUAAAUAAAAUUGUAGUUUUA